UUUUCCCCAACACUGCUCAGCACUUGUUUGCACUGAUCGGUGGCAACAACGAGACGGUUACCCGGUAUUGGCUGACUGAUAAUAACGGGUGCCCUCGCCCACUUCCACCCGUUUGUUGACGGGUUUCUAUAUACACCCAAACUAGGCCAAACCGUUAUUUAGGGCACAUCUAUUCGCCUGCCGUUGAGGUGUGGUGAAGAAAUGAAUGAACACUUCGGAACAAGUUCGUGAGAGGAGUGGUCACUUGGAUAUCAGUAACAAGGGAACAGUUUGUUAAGAGACCAUUUAACCCAUUUGUGUUAUAAAGAUGUCGUCGGUUAUAAGCCGCAACGUCGCCACGACGGCUGUGGACGACAUGAUCAUCAACUUUGACUACGACAAUAACGACAGGAAGCAGUACUUCCUCCCGGGGGAGCUGAUGAAGGGGACAGUCGUGCUGCACCUGCGUUCAGGAAUCCGCGUCAACCGCAUCGUCAUGAACAUCAAAGGCAUGGCCAACGUCUCGUGGGAGAUCCCAGAAAGGAAGAAAACCUACACGUCUAAUGAGGUCUACAUAGACAUAUCAAAAUCUCUUUUAGACGGCGUCUUCAAAAGUCUGAACCUUGGAAGAGGAACUCACGAGUUUACGUUUAACCAUCAGCUACCCGAAUCUCUUCCGUCGUCGUUUCGCGGGGUGUACGGCAGCGUGACGUAUGUUAUGAAGGUGGAGUUGGAGGCGACGAACCCCGUCCACAACACCGUCACAAGUCAGCCGUUCUUCGUCUUCCGUCGGCCACCUUUAUUGCGACAAAGCUACCUUCCUAAAGAGCUAAAGAACAGCAAGAGGUUCCUCAGCUGCUGCAACUACGGCAAGGUGAAGGUCUCUUCAGCGUUAACCAGAUGGGGAGGCGUGCCAGGUGAGAAUCUUUCGGUUAACGCUCAGGUAACAAACUGGAGCGACAGGGACAUCCUGCGCAUCUUCGCCUCCAUCGUCAUGACCAGCGUGUACCACGUCAAGGACAAGAAAAUUACCUUCAGGGAAAUAAUAAGUCAACGUGAAGACGAAUACGGCUUCAAUAACCGUCAUGGCCGGCGAUGGCGUGCGGUGAAACUACCAAUACCACCCUACAUCGCCGACACCGACCUCGUCGGCUGCAACAUCAUGGACGUCACCUACAGCUUUCAGUUCAUGGUUGAGCUUGACGACUACAACCUUGAUGUCGAGGGCCCUGUCGUCAUCGGGGGGCAUCCCCUUGGGUACGGUCCGGCGUCCGACGCCAUAAGUCUUGCACGGCCGGCGUCCGAGAUCCGAGACUUCCCCAACUACGGUCGCAUGGGUCGCAGCAUCGAUGAUUUCAGCGAGGAUAUCUUCUUCGACAGGUGAUGAGUGAAACAUGUUUCGAGGAUUUCAGAAAUUGAUUUAUGUAUCUAAAGGAGCGAAAGUGUUUGAGGAUACCUUCCGGAUGCGUGUGGAGAAUUGCCGACGUGAGAGCUUUACUGAAAUAGAUAUUAUAUUUAUAUCGAUGCCAAUCACUUUCGCAACAUUUGAGAUUUGGUUGAGGCUGGAUUAUUUGUGCAAUUAGUGGACACUCGUGAGACUCAAGGGCUGCACGCAGGAUAACAUAUAUGUCCUAUACACCAAGCUACGCAUAUUCAGUGCAAUAGAGAAUAUAUUUAGCUUAGUUUCAUCCCCGAUACACAGCAAUGCUCCGUGCGUCUCGCCUGACGCAUGCGCCUGGGUUCGAAGGAUGGGGUCGGACCCCUCCGAUGUGAAGCAAGGAUCACAGAUUUGUGUGACAUAACGUGAUUAGCGCCAGUUUAAUCCUGUUCAGGAAACAGCUGGUGUGGAAACAUUGUGUCAUCCUCGGUUGUGCAGGGUAUUAUAUCUACAUUUUGUUACGAUACGUACUCUGGAUCCAUUCGCCACCAAAGCUUCGUUUCGGAAGUGACGUCCCCAUUGCAAACUCUGUUAUCAUCAACAUGGCACAGUAUGUCUCUCGCACACAUGUGAUGUUUUGACGUCUGUUUGUAGCGUCAUGUAAGUUAAUCAGGCUGAAAUGAAACUACUGUAGCGAAUGAGUACACGGCGUAUGUCAUAAUAGAAUGAAGCUAUGUGUGAUCAGCUGGCGGUGUUGAUAGCAGGACAGCCAUCGUUCUAUUAUCAGACUAACAUCUAGUCUCUGAAACAUAUUUUACAGAAAAAAUACCAGUUGUUAAAAUAUAGUUAUAAAAUAGAUUAAAAAGGAGCCCAGAUACUUUCUUCAUUUUCAGCUACUGCAGUAAUCUAGACUCGCCAAACAUUAUAGACUUGCAUGGGCUGUAUUGUAUAUACUAGUAUUUGAGUCUGCGUGACUUACUAUUAUCUUGUGAACUUGUAAUAUAAUAUAUAUGCGAUGUAUUUUACAACUCCUAGCAUAACGUUGAUAUGUUCUUUGUCCAGUUCUAGUAUUGGCAGAGAAUUGUCCCAGAUUGGGCAUAUAAACCCUUCAAUGAACAAUUUCAAGAUACUAUCAACGUUUGCAGUUUGGGCAAACAAUGGAUAUCGGGUGUUGUAGCGAUAGAUCGACUCUGCUAUUAUUUAUAAUUUACCAUUUAUCCAUGACUUUGUAUUUGUAUGUCUUUGUAGCUCGUCUGUGAAUCAGUACUAGCGAACCUAUUUAUUUUGUUUGUGGAGGGCUUGGAGCUGAGGGGAGACACGGACGGUUGGGCGGUAGGGGAGAAAGCUGGGUGUGUUGGAAUGGAAAA